AUGGAGAAGAGUAAUAGUGUGAAGAAUCCCAUUGUUCCUGGCGUUAGAUUAAUGAAGGAUGAAGAAGGAGCCAAGGUGAAUGCUACCAUGUACAAACAAUUGGUCGGAAGUCUUAUGUAUCUAACUGCAACAAGACCUGACUUGAUGUAUGUGGUGUCUCUCAUUAGCAGAUUCAUGGCAAGUCCAACUGAGUUACAUUUGCAAGCUGCGAAAAGGGUGUUAAGAUACUGGAAAGGUAUUGUAGAUUUGGGAGUAUUUUAUCAAAAAGAGGGUAAUGGAGAGUUGAUGGCAUUUACAGACAGUGAUUAUGCAGGAGAUGUAGAUGACAGGAAAAGCACUUCUGGUUAUGUGUUUCUACUCAGUGAAGGAGCUGUAUCCUAG